AUGACUCUGUACCUUUGUCUCCCUCUGCUGGUUGUGCUGCUGCAUCCAGCUCGAUGUCUCUACAACUGCUCAUCCGAGUAUGAGAGGACCCCAGACAAUUCGGACCUGACAGUUGACUGCGGCGCCCGUACGAUCACCCUGGAGAUCAACCUGUGCACGGCUCAGUGGGCGGGCUUCAACACCACUGACCUGGCUCUGAACGGGAACCACAACACCACUGAGUGCCUGGGUUCUGUCGACACCAGUGUGGACCCUCCAGUCAUCCGUUACCAGCUUCCUGUUAACCACAGUCAGGAUAACCCCUGCCGCCAGUCUCUGCAGAUUGUGGAUGAGGCCCCGGACCCCACUGGCCCCUUCAGCAGCUUCUCAAGUAUCCAGUCAGUUAUCAUCACUGGGUACAUCGACACACCCAGAUCUGACCAGGGGCUGAUCAGCUACUCGACAGACCUCUAUUAUCACUUCUCCUGCCGCUACCCGCUGGAGUACCUGAUGAACAACACACAGAUUGUAGCCUCCUCAGUUUCUGUGGCCACCAGUGAUAAUAAUGGAACCUUCAUUGAUACACUGAGAAUGGGUGUUUUUAAUGACACCGACUACGGCUAUCCGUUAGUGGUACCGUCAACAGGACUUGAAUUACGAACCAGGAUCUAUGUGGAGGUCGUGGCUGUUAACCUCACAGGAAAUUUCCAUGUCCUGCUGGAUCACUGCUUCAGUACUCCCACUGCUUACAACAUAUCGCACAGCGAGCAGCACAACUUCUUCAUCGGCUGUGAAGUGGACCAAAGGACAUCUGUGGUGAGCAACGGCCUUUCCAAGGUGGCCCAGUUUAACUUUGAGGCCUUCCGCUUCAUUCAGCACCGUGACCAGCCAAAGUCCAGCAUCUAUCUGCACUGCAUACUGAGACUCUGUGAGCCCAGCAAAUGUCAAGAGCUGCUGUCUGCCUGUAAUAGCAGAAGAAAAAGAUCUGUGACUCCGUUUGGAAAAGAAAGCACCAAUUCUGCCACUUUGUCAGUUGGACCCCUUUACAUGGCCAGAGAAGACAGGCCAUAUUCAGCUGCCUACAGCAAUGACGUGGCAGAGAGGGACGAUGUGGACGUGACGGGCCUGGUGGUGGGGGUGGUGUUCGGCUCGGCUGCCGCUGCCUUGCUGGUUCUGGGUGGCUGGUUCGUCCUGAAGAAGUUUUACUGGGCGGGAGGAUUACCUCAUGCCUUCAACUGA